AUGUUGACCAAUGGUUCCCCCAAAGAUUUGGGGAGAGCGAACGAGUACUCCCAGGUAAUCCCAAAAUCUUUCCAUAGAAUUGUUUCAAGGCAAAAGCUGACAGAGCAGGUCGUUCAAUCGGUGCAAGAACUCGUGGAACUGUUUUUCGAGGCAGCCGAAAAUGAUCUCGACAGCCUUGAAAGUCGCAAUGUCCUUCAAACUGGGAGCACCCCGCAUUACAGUCAUGCCCGGAAGGACCUGCGUUCUCAUCUCUCACUCUCCCUGCCCGAGAAGGGCCUUGGUCAUGCAGACCUGGUAUCUUCCACGGAAUCUAUCUUAGAGCAUUCGGUGAAUGCCUCGUCUCCGGCAUUCAUGGACAAACUUUGGUCGGCUCCGUCUAUACCGGGGAUUGCGGCGGAUCUUCUUCUGUCUUCUCUAAAUGGAAAUGCUCAUGUGUUUCGUGUUUCUCCAGCUUUGACGUUUGUGGAGAAGCAUGUUGGAAAAGAGCUCGCGAAGCUCUUCGGUUUUAGUGGGCCGAAUGCUGGAGGAAUCACAUUUCCAGGCGGUGCCGCGUCAAACACUACUGCACUUCUGGUAGCUCGCAACGCCCGCUUCCCAGAGCUCAAAAAUUCUGGUCUUAUUGCAGCUGCUCAACCAUUAGCGAUUUUUGUGUCUGAAGCAGCGCAUUACUCCAUCAUCACAGCCGCGGGGCUUCUAGGAAUCGGUCUUGCAUCUGUUCGAAAGAUUCGUACUACAGAGGCCGGUACCAUGGAUCCCGUAGCCCUGAAAGCAGAGCUGCAAGCGGCAGUCGAUGCAGGGCACGUUCCACUGUUUGUUUGCGCAACAGCCGGAACAACGGUGCGCGGCGCGUACGAUCCUCUCAGGGAGAUCGGGCAGCUGGCUCAUGAAUAUGGAGCGUGGUUUCAUAUCGAUGGGUGUUUCGGCGGCGCUGCAAUCUUCUCCGAGAGGCUCAAGUACAAGUUAGAUGGAAGUGAACUCGCUGAUAGCAUUGCUUUCAAUCCUCACAAACUGUUGGGUGUGCCGCAGAUAUGCUCUUUUCUGCUGGCAAAAGAUUUGAAAACUUUAUGGUUUGCGAAUCGGCUAGAGGCAGGGKAUUUGUUUCAUGACGAUGAAGACGAUACUGAUAUUGCCCGAGAGGUGGGUCAUCACCACUCGAACGGCAAUGGGACAAAUGGGGUCAAGAAAAAUGGGCAUUUCGAUACAACAAACGCCAAUUGGCGAUCAUCAAGGGACUUGCUUGAAGCCCCUGACCCAAACCAAGUGUACGAUCUUGCCUCAUUUACGCCCCAGUGCGGCCGACGUCCUGAUUCUUUGAAAUUAUACUUUCACUGGCGUUACUACGGCACAGAAGGAAUUGCAAAGCAGGUCGAGACCGCCUAUGAAGCAGCUCAAUAUCUGAGCAAACUAGUUGGGGCCAGCUCAAACCUGUACCUCGUUGGGGAAAAAUACGAAGUUCCAUGCACUCAGGUGUGUUUCUACUAUAAACGACCACCAAGCGGGGAAACUAUUGAGGUGGACGAAGCAAAGCAAAACACAUAUUAUACUCGACUUAUCACGUCUGGCCUUGAUAAAAGGGGAUGGAUGGUUGACUUUGCACCAGGAUCCGGUAGGUAUGGUGAGAACGGCGAUUUUGUAAGGGUGGUCUGCAACAGAAGCACUACACCAGCGGUUUGCAAUGGUUUGAUGAAAGCUAUCUCAGAAAUUACGACCGAACUAGAAAAUGUUAUUUAG